CUGCGUAGUGGUGCCUUGCGGUGGUUCAGACCAACAACUCUGGACUCAUCUCUGCCGCGCCACAUCAAGAGACACGUUGAAGGCUUCCAUGAGCUUCAUGGGACAGUGUAAACAGAAGGUGACGAUGGCGACAGACGACGCUGGUCUGACGAAGCAGCAGCUGCAGGAACUGCUGGCGCCCGCGCUGGACAAAGAGGGCAGCCGUGUAGAGGACGUGGCAGUGAGGUACCUCACCAAGCCGGGAGACAACUACGGCAGCACCAUGCUCUCCGUCGACGUGACUCUCGCGCCCGGUCCAAGGACUCUCCACCUGGUGGCCAAAAUGCUCCCCAAGUCUGCUGUCAUGAAGGAGUGGUUCAAAUGCGAAGUGACCGUGAGGAAGGAGAUGGACCUCUACCUCCUGGUCAGCCCCGUCUUCGAGAGGAUACAGCGAGAGUGUCAUGUCCCGAAGGACAAGUUCCUCGAUGUAUUCCCUGUGUGUUACGCAGCCAGGACUUCCUCCAAAGGCGCCUCUGCACCAGUCGACGAGACGUCGAUCAUUGUGCAGGAGAACUUGAAAGUGCAAGGGUUCGAGUGCGGUGAUCGCUUGACGGGGCUGGAUCUGGCCCACUGCGAGCUUGUGGUGGACAGGUUGGCGCGCUUUCACGCCACGGCGGUUGCCAUCAAGAUCAAGAGACCAGAAGAGUUCAAAGAAACCGUGCUCAGAGCUGCUACACCCGUCGCCAUCGGGCCCCCGGACAUGGAUGCCAUGAAACCGCUGCAGACUCUUCCUGAGUAUGAGUCCAUGAAGAGUCGGAUCGACACCGCUGUGUCGAAGGGGGUGAAAAUGUACAAUCAAACAAAUUCCAAACAAUUAAGAGAACCUUUUGCCACCAUAACACAUCUUGACUUAUGGACGAACAAUAUAAUGUUCCGAUACGAGCCCGGCUCUUCCAGAGAAAAACCAACAAGCUUGAAGUUGGUUGAUUUCCAGGUGACUGGCUACGACUCCCCGGCCAGAGAUCUGCUGUUCUUCCUUUAUUCCAGCGCCAAGCUCGAAGUGCUGUCCGGGCAGUACGACCAUCUCGUCAAGCUGUACCACGCCAGCUUUGUGGACUGCCUGCAGAUCUUAGGGUGCGACUCAACGCCGUUCUCGUUUGAAGCGUUUCUCAAAGAACUCGAAGCUUCAGCUUCCAUGGUGCUCUGGCAAGUCGUGUUCAUGCUGAUCCCCAUCACCACCGCGCCGGAAGAUGCGGUCAGCACGGACUCAAUGUCCCUCGACGACAUGAAGUCAGCGCACAAGGUGUCACCAGUGUUCACUAGUCGAGCCAGGAAGAUCAUAUCCGAUUUUGCAUCCAGAAACUGGAUAUAAAUGAAAUUGAAUUUUUCCUGUUUUAAAUGUUUAAAUAUUACAAUAAGACAAUAAAAUAAAACAUAAAACAUGUAAAAAAUUUCAUAAUCCCUAACAUUAUGUAUUUAUAUAAAAAAAAAGCAGCAUAUCUGAAAAUAAAGGAAAAGGGGGGGGGGGAGUAAUUAUGCUGAUGUGUAAGAGAGGAGUGAGAUGAAACAUUAAUCAAUGUCAGCUAUUUAUGUGUCUAUGCAGUCCCAAAUUUUUUUAGAGAUAAAACAAAUUUCUUGACUAUAAAAUGCCUUUCACAUUUCAUGCAUUUCUUUUAGUUAAUUAUGGUUCAUAAAAAUAAUAACCUAGUGUUAAAUGUUUCGAUAACAUUUCCCACGUGCAGAAUGCUCUUAUUCGACCCGCGAGGAUUCGCCUCCUGAUGGCAUGGACAGGGUGUGUGUGAUCUGAAGCCCUGCCGUCGCGCCAGCUAACCUACACAGCACAGUUGCUCGACUUGGUGCGAUGGGUUGUAGGAUCGGUUGCCGGGUAAAGCAUGGAUGUAUGUGGAGCUUUCACCUGUUAAAUCAGUUUAAGUUUAGCUUUUUUGUAAGCCGUCUCCGAUUGUCCUAACAACAUGAAAGUGGGCAUUUAAUUUUACAUAGAACAAUAAGUUCAUUAGAAUUUCCAGGGACUUAAUGAAUGCCAAAAAUAUGAUCCCCAUAUGAUUGCAUUAAUAAUGUUUGGCUGUACUUGGUGACUUGUUUACAGUCAUGCUGGAAUAUAAUGAAGCACUGGCCCAGCCUCAUAUUAAAACAUUAGAGACCAUAUUGCUUGGUUCUGUUUAAACACCAUGCUAGAAUACGCUUUCCUACUCAUAUGCGAGUAAUGAUAAAUUGUUCAUUAGAUGCUGCUUAUGUUAAAUGUAAUCUCAUUCUUUCUCUGGUUCACAUAGUAUUCGCACGAUCAUUGGCUGAAUGAUUGACAGUGGCUCUAAGUCUUCUAAAGUGAGUCAUAUUAACAGUGGUUCAAUCACACAGGACAUAGACACACACAUAUGUAUAAGGGCCAUUCAAUAAUUAAAAGAGACAAAUUGAUGUAGAUAAUAAACUGUGUAUUUUCACGAAAUGAGACUUUGACUACUUCUAAACAUAAUCCCCACCAAUAUCAAUACACUUGUCCCAACGA